CCUCUGCCACAAAAAGCACCCCGCCUCUGCCUGUCUGUCUUUCUGUCUGUCUGCUCUGCUACGAACCGUGCACCACUUCAACACCACCCCCUCCUCUCUGCUCUCUGCAGCUCUCCUUUGCUCACUCUCCCCACCUGCAGCUAUACUCUACACUCUUCCUUCAUUCCUCCCUCCCUCUCUCUCUUUCCUUCUCACCCCCACCCUCGUUCUCGUGAUCUAAACAAACAAACAAACAAACCAACCAACCAACCAACAAUCAAACAAACACAAUAUCGCUCACAGCAUCAGCACCCGUCAGUCAGUAGCAGUCAGUCGUUGGCCUACGCCGGGUCGGGUCUCGUAUGAAUGAAUGAAUGAGAGAUAUGCUUGAUUGCUGAUGAUGACUCACUGGCUCUCUCUCUCACUCUCUCACUCACUCCCCGUAUGACUGCGUCGCAGCUGCUGAGUAGAGAGCUCGCUCCAUGCACUGUGGACCACCUAUGGGCCGAAUCUUCGGUUUGGUUGGCUCGAGGCGACGAGUUCAGAUCAGCAUCGAUUCAUUCAUUCGGUCAAAAGGCGCAUGUGCGCUCGUAGAGCUUCGUAUAGGGACCGGCAGGCAGAGACGGAUGGAUUAGACGGACGGGAGGACUAGAGCGCCGGAUGGGUUCUUGUAGGCUCGUAGUCCGUCCGUCCGAGGGCCGGGCCGGGCAGGGCAGGGCUCCAAUCUGGGGCUGCCAUGGCUCCCACGGCCUCAUGGGCUCGGGCUUCGCUUUGCGUCGUCGCCCUCGUGGCUGCUUUCGCGGCUACCUAUCAUCUACCCGCAAUUAAUGAUGCGGGCAGCACGGACAAUCCCCGGCCCCGUCGUCAUCAGCUGCAUCACGGCCGUGGUGGCGGCCCCAGAUCAACUUUGGGAUCGAUGUAUCGAUGUAUGAGAGGGUCGAUCGAUCGAUCGAUCGAUGGACUGAAUGAUCUGGAGUUGGCAAUUGGACUUCAUUUGACCCCUUGUCUUGAUGGCGAGAUCAGUGGACACAGCGAUGCGCAGAGCAACUGCUUUUGGUACAGGGCUCGGAGCGUACGACACAGGAAAAUUGAAUGGAACAUCACUGGAGCAGACGAGCAUGGCUGCGAGCUCUGCAAGUACAUUGUGCCGCUGGCGCACAACUGUUGGUCGUCGACACAACCGUGAAAUUUGGAGUGAUUUAUGAGGCGAUCUGCUGCCCAGGCUGCGGUCAAGGUUGGUCCUCACUCCGAGCGGAUCUUCCUGCAAACGUCAAGUGCAUUCAAUGUCCGGAGUGAACUGAAACAUCGAAAAUAGUUUUUAAGAUGAAAGUGUAUGAAAAAAGUGCUUAUCCCAUCCAUAAGCAUCCACAACAUUUAUCUUUACACACAUCGA